AAAUUGAGUCUCUUUAUGAAAGGUCCCUCCUCGUUUAUGAAUUUAGAUCUAUAGGAGAGAGCAGAAAGAAACAGUAAAUUUGCGUUUAGUAAGUAGAAAUGAAGAUUAAUCCACCACUGUUAUUGCAAAUAAUUAGCAGAUCCUAUCUUAAACUAGUUCAAGCCGACAAUUUGCCAAUGUACUCUUUUCAAAGUAGACGUCUUUCUCACUCUGAAACUCCAACUACCAACUCUAUUACUACUAUUAAUAAUGCUUCAUCAUCAGCUGUUCCCAUUUCAACUUCAUCCAUGGAAUCCCAUAAUCCUCAGAAGAAGACAACUGAUUCGACAUGUUCAAAGAUUGUGUUGUAUUCUUUCUGGCAAAGUUCAUGUUCUUGGAGAGUUUGCUUCGCCUUAAAUCUCAAAGGGCUUUCUUAUGAAUAUAGAGCAGUCAACCUUGGCAAAGGAGAACAGUUCACUCCAGAGUUUGAUAAAUUAAACCCUCUUCAUUAUGUUCCUGUGUUGGUUGAUGGCGAUGUGGUCAUUUCGGACUCCUAUGCAAUUUUACUGUAUUUAGAAGAGAAGUAUCAUCAGAGACCCCUGUUGCCAGUUGAACCUCAAUUAAGAGCUCUCAAUCUUCAGGCAGCGAGUAUUGUCAGCUCUAAUAUGCAGCCACUUCAUAUGUUGUCAGUGCUGAAAUACAUGGAGGAAAGAGUUGGUCCCGAAGAGAAACAAUUAUGGGCAAAAUUUCACAUACAAAAGGGUUUUGUAGCUCUUGAAAAUUUGCUGACAGGAUCUGCUGGAAAUUAUGCUACAGGAGAAGAAGUAUACAUGGCUGAUGUGUUUUUGGCCCCUCAAAUUGCAGUGGCUACUAAAAGGUUUAACAUUGACAUGUCUGAGUUUCCCACUUUAAGAAAGAUAUAUGAUUCCUGUAAGGCGUUAUCAGAAUUCCAAGCUUCUUUGCCAGAACGACAGCCUGAUGCAGCCCUGUGAGCUUGUAUGCUUAAUGCAGAGUUGCAAGAAAAUGUGAAACCUUCGGUUAUGCUCGAUAUGAUGUAAAAUAUUUCCAUUUUUUUUAAUGAAAUAUUAUGAAAUAAAAGAUUGUUGACGGGUCUUGAAAUAUGAAAGUUUUGUAUUAUGAUAACUACUGAGAAGUCAGGUUAUUCACUUCCUCUUUUUGUGAUGUGCAAGAAAUUCAAUAAAAUUAUGUGAA